AUGAACGACCCGAACGACAAGAGAGAAAUGCCUGAGGUGGAAGAAUUCGAAGGCCUUGUCCUCGCUGAUGUAAUCCCCAAACGGGACAAGUGGUGGUUUCAGUACCCCAACCUACGUAAGCUUAACUUGCUUCUGUUCAGUGCCUUCCUGGCCCAGUUUACUUGCGGAUUUUACGGAAGUGCUAACCUUGGAACUCUUGUCAACGCGAUCAACAUCGGUGUUCUCGUAUCCGCCCUCUUUUCCUCUCAGCUCUGCGAGAUCUUCGGACGAAAGAAACCGAUCACACUGGGCACUUUCUUGAUCAUCAUCGGUUCUGCACUUCAGGGAGGUGCUCAGAACCUGGGCAUGUUUAUUGCUGGCCGAAUCAUUAUCGGCUUGGGAACUGGCAUCGUCGCAGUGGCUGCUCCUCAGUUGAUGACAGAAGUCGCGUACCCGACUCAUCGUGGGAAAAUGCUCGUGUACAAGGACCGUCGAGGCGAAGCUUUGGCUGUGCUCUCUCAGUAUCACUCGUGCGGCGACCACGAUUCUCGCCUAGUGCGUUUCGAGCUGCUCGAGAUCGAAGCAACCCUAGAGGAAGAAAAGAAACACAAGGCGAUCCAGUGGUCAGAGUUCAUCCGCACUAGUGGUAACAGAAAGCGCCUCUGGAUCUUAAUCUCUAUGGGUUUCGCUGCUCAGUUGUCGGGCCUGGGUUUGACCGGCUAUUACCUGACCAAGAUCUUGAACAGCAUUGGCGUGACCAAUGCAAACACGCAACUUCUCAUCAAUGUGAUUGCGGCUGUUUGGCAAUUGUGUUGCUCUGUUUUCUUUGCUAUGCUCAUUGAUCGAGUCGGCCGACGCGGUCUUAUCACCUUUAGGAUUACUACAAUGUUGGUUGUCUUCAUCGUGUGGACUAUCUGCUCUGCUCUCAACGAAGAACGCCACUUUUCCGACCGACCUAUGGCGCUCGCCGUCGUUGCCACGAUCUUUCUCUUCCAGGUUGGUUACCGACCCUUCGCCAUCUCAACAGUGCCCUACGUUGUUGAGUGUUCUCUUUAUUCGUUGCGGUCAAAGACAGCUAUGAUCUUUCAGUUCUGUGGCUACUCGGCCAGCUUCUUCACAGGCUAUGUCAAUCCCGUUGCUUUGGACCGCGUACGCUGGCGUUACUACAUAUUUGCAUGUGCUGUUCUGGGCGUUGAAUGCGUGUUUGCUUGGUGGUAUCUGCCUGAGACAAAGGGGAAGGGUCUUGAGGAGAUUGGUCAGAUCUUUGACGGUGAGGAGCUUCUGACGGGUACACAGGCCAUCACCAAGAAGCGCGCGGAGAAAUACCGUGCGUUUGAUGAGGGUAGUAUUCGUGAGCGUAAAGCUCUUAGUACGAGUCACAUUAAGGAAGGGGAAGAGUGA